UAAACUUAUCUAGACAUUGCUGCGAUAAGAUUUUCCACGGCACACGAAAGCCGAUAGUCGCAGUUUGAUUCCGACUAAGGUUCGCGUUUAUAUAGUGUAUUCGUAGAGUUUCAAUGGGAAUAAUAUUACGAACAACGUUUCAAUCUGCGAUAUCGUGAGAUGAUAGAGUAGCAUAAUCGUCGUUGCAUCGAAUUGGCGUUUGUUGUGCAGACGGUGUGAUUGUUGUUAAAGUGCUAUGCAUGCCAGAAUUUCGACGAGAGCGAAGUGCCAAAGUUUUUAUAUACUAAAGUGCCAGCAGAUAAAAUGACGAUGAUAGAAGACGUCACUUAUAACGGUAUAACGCACAGUAUUAUUGAACAAACACGUCGUCAUUAAAAAUUCCACUCCACGAUAAACACGGCUACGUUGACAUAACCUCUAAAUAUACUCGACGAGUUUGUAAUUUUUAUAAUUACUACAGCAUCAUGGAGCACAUUGAAAAGAUUAGUGCCGGACCUUUGGGACAGUUGGUAGAAGGAGCGAACAAUAUAUGUCUUGAACCAAUACGAUGUUCGUUCGUGAUUUUUUUUAGCAUUGGGAUGGAACGCUUUUCAACGGUCAUCGUGAAAAUUUGAACUUGAACAGCCAUGACAUAGACGAUUUACGAUUUAAAUUAGGCUUCGAUCAUGUAGAAUUAGUUCAGUCCACAAUGGUAGAAAAACAAAGCAUCCAAUUAGUUUCUUGUACUGGAAAUCUCAAGACAUUGUCCGUGACCUUUGUAUUUAAGCUUUCCGACACGAUGAUCAAUGGUAAAAUACGCAUUUGUAGCGUUUUAGACCAGUCGCUCGAUUCCACUUACAAACUUCACCUGACGAACGUUAAAAUAAAGUCUGUCGUUGGACUGUACAUCGAGGAAGAUAGCUAUCGCAUCGGUCACAUAAUUCACGAAUUUCUAGAUGCUAGAAUAUCACUUUUAUACAAAAGUGGCAGUAGAAUGAUUCCUGUCUAUGAUAAAGUGCAAGAUAAAUCUAUAAAACAUUCGCUGGUGCAAUACAUUAUAAAUAACACGACGAAAAAUUCGACAACUUUGAUAGAGAGUAAAUUAAAAUCAGCCUUUGAUCUAAUGUCCGUGAGCAUAUCCCUGAGAAACGAUUUUUCUCAGAGAGAUAUAUUCCGGAUACACACGAAAAAUAUGAAAGUGGCAUUCAAUAAUCUAGUGGACGAAAUAAUCGAUGCGACGAAUUUAUUACUUAUACAAACCGUACCUAAAGUAUCGUUACCCAAUAUAUCUGUGAUAUUGAAUUUCAAAAAAGUCGAAAAGAAGUGCUUUCAAGCUUUUCGCAAUUCGCUAAAGGGUUUUAACUUUUUGCUGAGGAGGAAGAGUUGUAUAGUUUCUAUGGAAAAAGACCUCAUUGUGCUCUACGUUCCGGUUGAUUUUGCCGAUCUAAACAUUCGAUUUAGACAAUUCAUAAUAAAACACGGAGAAGUAGAAAGUAAAUCUAGCGAUAUCGAAGAACACUACAAAACGGAGGGUUCUUACUUAACGAUAUCGAUUAAAAAAUUAGAAGAGAAUAAAUUCGAUCUGAAUUUACUAGAAUUCAAAAUUGACAAAUUCAUCUUUUUGGACACUGACAAUCAAACAGUUAUCGAUCCAUCUGUCAGAUUAUGGAUAAACAGUACUCUAGAAUUCAAAGUAGUACCUCUAAUCGAAGAGAUGUUUGAGAAAUAUAUAAGAUUAAUAAUUACAACUGAUAAAUUCACUAAAAUGAAUAUAUAAAGAAAUGAAAAAGUCUGGUGUAAACAUGUCUUGUAAACUGUAAAGCUCCGUCAAUGUUUUAGACUAAACAAGCUUUUGUAUAAUAUUGUACAAAUUGUAAUUUUAUGAACAAUAGAAUCAAUAAAUAAAUUGUACAGCUCUUUAGAUAUAAAGCGAGAAAA